AGCAGAGGACAGGUCACAUUCCCAAAGCUGGCUUGUUGGGCGUUCUAUGGUAUCGCCCGCUAUGCGCGCUAUGGUAAGUGGAGUCGCUGUGCUGUAUCCCCUACAACAUCAGCUUUUUUCUCUUCCACAAACAUUACGUUGACAAGUCGCUACCGCAUCAUUACCCGCAAUGGAAAUCAACGCCGCUGAGAGGAGCCUGUCUGAUGACACGCCUCAGGGUUCCAAAGCCUUUUCGGGGUAUCGGUGGACGUACCACGAUUCUCUACAAGAGGGACCUGUUCGUUCACGAGCCGAGUCGUUUUCGGCAUCUGUGGACUGGAGCUCACUCCUGCAGUACGCAGCCGAGAAGAGGAAUGGGUCCAGCUGCCAGCUCCUUCCUGAUAUUGGCCUUGGUUACAACCAUAUGGUCCGAAUCAUCCAGUUUGACGAUGGUGUGCGAUGGGUGGCACGACUGCAGAUGCCUCCCAUUGGUACCUCAGAUGUCUUCGAAAGCUCGGAUGAGUCGGAAGAGGCAGUGGGAAACUACGAAUACAACACCAUUUCCCUUGUGCGACAAAAGACCAGCAUACCGAUCCCCGAAGUCCACGCUGUUGAGGCUAGACGGCAUUGUGACGUCAAGGCACCAUUCAUGUUGAUGGACUGUCUACCAGGGAACGUGGGAAUGGACUUGGGCAUGAAAGUACCGCUGGAAUAUAAGCAAAAGUUCCUACGUAGUCUUGCGGAGAUACAUGUCCAGUUAGCCACGGUACAACUGCCUAUGAUUGGGACAAUCGUUUCGAGAAACAAGGACGGCACAUACCGGCAAGGCCCAAUUCCGGGUCUUGGUGGUCCUUUCAACACAGCGACGGAAUUCUUCAUUGCAUGGGCGGCCAAGACCACAUUCGGCAUGACGGAUGAAGAACUACGAACAGCAUCUGGUGAAUAUGCUGACGAGAUUAUCCCCUCCGUGUCAUCCUUUCCGAAAUCCAUUAGCAACCUUGCCAGUAGACUCUCAACUCGCGACCACGGCCCAUUCCCUCUUUGCCACGGCGACUUUGGCCACAACAACAUCAUUGUUGACGAUGAGUAUCGUGUCCUCGGUUUGAUUGACUGGGAGGCUUCCUUCGCUGGGCCGUGGGAGAUGUUUGCAGAUUUUCCUUUAACCCUCUCAAUGGUUCCGCCAGCGAUCGAUGUACCGUGGAAUUACAACGAACAAGGCGAUCCUGUCACCGACGAACUGCAACAGCAGCUUGCAGAUCAGAAAAGCUAUGUGGCGGCUGUGAAAGACGUUGAGAAUAGCAGGGGAACAGGCAAUUUGCUAUCAGACGCGCUGAAGGAUUUGAGAAGACAGCAGCUGGUGACCGCGAUGAGGCUGUACCAGAGAGGAAAGGCUGGGUGGUAUUCCAAACUAAUCGAUCAGUUUGCAUAGAUUUUGUUACAUCCGCGUCCAAGACCACGUGUAACGCUCUGAUAGCGCGAGAACGAAUUUUGCUAGACGUGCGGAACUGAGAUGGGCAGAGUCGGCUUUUCCUAGUGGUGUGGCUUCGACUCGACGUGGAAGACCGGAGCCGCCCCAACACCGGCCUCAGUAAUAAAGUCAACCUUCUAUUGCGCUUAAUGAACUUCAUUCGGCCUCGUUCUGUCACAUCCCUCUUUCCCUCUUAAGAAACAAACACGGCUCACAACAAUAUCCCCCAACCGGCUUCUCAUCGUUCCUGGCGAAGCACC